AACUAGUCACCUAAAGGGCACCCAAUCGGUGAAGCUUGAUUCCCAAUCUCUCUGUUACCUGGUUUACGCUCUAAAAUGCAAUUCAUUGUAGAAGAGGGCAAGCACCUUCACGAGGAGUGCACCACUCUAGUCCUGCCUGCGCUGUCGAUUGGGAAUGUGGGGCAGCUGGCAGUGGAUCUUAUUGUAUCGUCAACGAGAGCGGAGAGAAUUGGGUACUUGGACGAUCCUCACGUUCUUCCCUGUGUAGGAAACGACGCUUACGGGCCGCUUCCUCAGGGCGAGCUCGCUCUUCCUCUCGAAGCGUAUGAUUCGUUGCCUAUUGGGUUGACUCUUCUCCAACAAAGGUCCCCAGUUGUUAAGGGGAUGAUGGUUGAAUUUGCUAAAAACUUGGCUGAUUUUGCUGCUGCUAGUGGGAAGAAACAUGUCAUUGUGCUGUCUAGCUUAGACUUUGGGAGGUGGCGAAAUAUUGAUAUGUCAAGUGGUUUGCAGACAUACUAUUUGUCUAGCACCAGUACCGAUGGAACAGAUGAUUACUGUGAGGGACUUGGGUGGAAAAAACUGCAGGAAUACAACCCUACCCAGAGGGGUUGGAAAUAUCUCAGCACUUUAGCUGAAGGAAAUGCCACGCCGGAAGAAAAUCUGCCUUUUGAAGAUGAACUAGAAGAAGAAGAUUACUAUCCAAGCUUGCCCUUUGCUGCACUUUUUUCUUGUUUCAAGGCCAAAGGUUUGAAGGUCACCUGCUUAUUAUGCUACUGCUCAGAAGGGGACAACAUGCCAGAAGCUUUCCAUUUGGCUGAGGCGGCAAGCAAACUUCUGGGGCUAAGUCCCAGUAAUUUCCAUGGCAAUGAAGGUGGUAAAUGGGUCAUUCCAUAUUCGUGGAGGACUGUGUAUGGACCACCCCCAGAUAUAGGCAUGUUUUAGGCUGUAUUGAGCUGAUGACCUGAGAUUGGAUCUGCAAGAAUAUGAGGUGCUUCCUAAAUCUUCAUUCUUCUUCUUCUUCCCUUAAGGUGGUUUUGAGUUAUGUGCAAGUGUAAACAGUAACUUAUUACUGUAUCAAUGGAUGAGCAGUUAUAAAAUUUUGUUAUUUUCAUUU